UUUCUUCAGAAGACAAAGUCCCGCGCAGAGGUUGAUUACCUUGUGUCUCGAAGAUUUUUUAACUGUUGGAAGCGUUACGAGGGGCAGAUAACAAUCGGAGUAUCCUUCGACGAGAUUUUUUGUCGGUCGAUUCUUUUAUAAGAAAUCAAAACAUCAAUGAAUUUUGUUUCCAGUCGUAAAUCGGGAUAAUGCGUUCUUCUGUUCAACACUAAUCUCUGACAAAAUCAUAUCGUUGAUUUCGGGUGGCGUUUAUUCUUCGAUUCGAGAUGUUUUUGCAGAAUUUGUCUACAUCAAUAUGGGUGAUGAUACUGUUGACAACCAAAGUUUCCCUAGCAAUACCCGACGACGAAUUCAGUGAUAGCGUGGAUGGCGAUCAGUCAAGGAAAAUUUUGGGAUCAAGUGUUGUGACUUCCGUGUCGGUGAUAAUGGAUAAUGGCAAUGGAUCCAAAACCGUAUACACUGAUGCACUAGGUAAACCCGUAGGAAAACCUCCAGCUCAUGCCGAUUUGGCAAGUCCAAUCAACCUUCUGAAUCCAGAUCGAUACGAAUUCUAUACUUUCGAUGAUAACGGCAAUCUGGUCAGGCGACUAAUGUCUUUGGAAGAAAUCAAGACGAUCAUAGCAACUGGGGACAGCGAUGGACUUGAGUUCGAUUCGAUGAUUUCUGAAAGUUAUAUUCCCGAAAAAAAGGUGAAAGAUGUCCUUACUAACGUUCAAGAUGUUCUCAAGGAAGAAAUGGAACUCCACAAAAAUAAACUAGGAACCAAUACCAUAUUCGACACUCCAGAUGUUUCCGACUCGUGGAGCAUGAUACUACCAGCUGUAUUCGGAAACUCCGGCGCUGAUAUCAAGCCAGAAAAACCUAUCGUGCAUAUUACCCCUGAUACUAUUACGAUAGAAACACAGGAUAAUGUUCAAUCCACUAUGAAACCAACAACUUCAACUUUAAAACUCGAUGAAACUACAGUUUCGGCAACACCUCUGUCAGUAGACUUAUUUUCCACAACAUACUCACCAGUAGUUCAGCAAAAGAAUACGGUGACCACCAGCAAUGAUAUAAAACACAGUACUACUGAUCUCAUUAGCACAGAUAAAGUUUCAUCGACUAUUAAAACUGUAGUUAACAAUCCAACAAUUUCCUCAAAUCCUCCUCAGAAGCAGAUACCGACCCAAAUAACUGAUAAUCCACAAGUGAUGGUAAAUCAGGAAAAAUAUGCGUCUGUGACAUCAUCGCCGAACAAUGAUAUCUCUCAAACUACUAUAUCUAUGGAGAAAACAGAAACCGAAACGGUAACUUCUGAUUCUCAAACUCCAUCUCCCACUGAUUCCAAUACUGAACUACCGGACAAUGCCCAAUUCUCAACCUGGACUCCCAGUUUAUCCACUGUUCUAGAAACUAAGGAAGUAAUAAUGCCACUCUCAACCUGGAGGCCAGAUUUAUCCAACAACCAAGAUGGUACUUCUUCCUCAAGUAGUGUCAUGUCUUCAACCUUCACAACAAUUGAGCCUGCAUCCACUUCAAACAAAACCGAGUUGAUGUCUUCGCAGAGUUCAAGAACAACUGUCCCAGAAACAACUUUCCCAUCGACAACUCCUUUCUUUAAAGCUGAAAGUGAAACUAACAAAUGGCAAACUGUAGAAGAAACUACUCAAGAAAUACUAACAACACCUCUCCAAGUUUUUCAAACCAAUGAAAAUAACAAUAAUUCGAAUAACCUACAAUCUAUCCAACUUGAACUUUCUACAAAAUUUUUUGAAGCACAAACUGAAUCUCCGAAGGAGCAGCAAGAUGCUGAAAUGUCGGAAAGGACUACUUUGGAAAAAUUACUCACAACUGAUAUGAGCAAUAAUAUUGAUCGUUCUACAACUGACCCAACAUUUAUUGGAAGUUUACAAGAACUUCUUUCUCAAACGCUCAACGAUGUUGGUGGCCUGGUAUCUAGUAUGAAUGAUACACUGGAAAUGCCAAGCCCUGAAAAUAUAACUAAAAUACAAAGUAUGGCUAAACUGGAAAAUGAAAUUCCCCUUGACCCCAUUGAUCCUGCAGCAAAUUUGGCCAUUCCUAGUUCUAGUUCCCCGUCUGUUGAAUCCAAUACCAACAUUUUCAGUAGUACUAUAUCAACAUCUGAAACAGACUUAUCUUCGACUACUUUCUCCGACCAAAAUACAGAGGUUGUGAAAAACCAAACUCUGGAAACUUCUGGUACCAAGGUAGAAUUAGACAAGCCCAUUCUUAUGAAUAAUACGGUACCAAAUUCAAAAGAAAACAUUAAAAGUUCUGAUUCUCAACAAGCUGUGAACAACACUGGUCCAAUUAAGAAUACUAAGAAUGAAAUUGGAGCAGAAACGACGACGACGACGACGGUGAUGAUAACUCAAGAUACCACUGUGGGUGUAACAACUAGCGUAGAAACUUCUGCUCCAGAAGAUAACACCUCGGAACCACCAGUGACAACUGAAUCUGAAGGGAAGACUGAAAUUACUACGGAAAUUCAUGAAGUAGGAACUGUUCACGCACCAGGUACGUCUUCAGCUGGAGCAACUGACCAUCCUACAGUGGAAAUAAUCAUCAGUGAAAAGAAAACGAAUACGUCCAGUGAGAAAACAGAAAAACACGAAAAUGUUACUGAUAAAAAGGUCAUGAAAUCAAAUGAUACACAAACAAAUAUUACAGUCAUCAAUAAGUUCGGAGAAAAUGAAAUCGAUACAAGCACUGUAGUUCCAAAUUCAAAUGAAAAUAUCAUUGACCAAACAACAGUAUCAUCCUAUGUAAGUGAGUAUCAAACCACUGAAAAAAGUAUCAAAAAUACCAAUAAUACAUUAGGUAAUGACACUAUCAGUAGUGGUAAUAAAACAAGUCUUCAAAAAGAAAAUAUUCCAGGUAUGAACACAUCCGCUUCUUCACACAUACCAAACUUUUCUACAACGGAAAAAAUAGCUAACAAUGAUUCGAAUAAUACUACAAAUGAUAUAACCAAAGAUAAAAAUAUCGUCGUUCUUACUGUAAAUACAAGUAACAUAUCUUCAGAAGGCGAUUCAUCAAAUGAGAGCAACAGCCAGCUCUCAAAUCAAGGAGCCAACAGCGAAGAUCUAAAGAAACAAGCAAUGAAACAACCAGAUGCUGAUGAUGCCUGGACCCUCGUUUCGAUCAUAACUCCCCAUCCCAGUGUAAUAUCCCCUCAAAAAGUGCAACAGCCCCAACAAAGCUAUGCAGACUUUAUUGCACCCUCGACACCAAUAGAUCUGAAAGCAAAACCUCUGCAAGGUUUCGGUUUGGAAGACACUACCACGUCACUAGACACUGAUAUAUUCCAAUUCACUCAGCUUUGCAACGAAUUAGCGUUCGACUUCUGGAAAACUGCUACCAAUGAACUGAGUUCUGCAAGGAGUGUUUUCCUGUCUCCCUUCGGAGCCAUGUCAUUACUAGCUAUGAUAUUCCUAGGUGCUAGAGGGUCUACUUCUGGGGAAAUGAACGAAAUAUUGAAACUUGACGACAUGGUGACCUUCAACCCUCAUUUGAUAUUCAAGGAUGUUAGUGAAUCUAUCACAACGGAUAAACCCAACUCCGGAGUAGUUAGUUCAGCUAUCGUCAGGGAGCUGUUCAGCGAUAAAAUGAAAGGAAAAUUGCUACCGUUCUACAAGGAAAGGGCCAAGGCGUUUUACGAUGGAUUUGUCGAAGAUGUCAACUUCAACGAAAUAGGUGAUGUUAUUAGGAGAAGAACCAACCUGCAGGUGAAGAAGUAUACUAAGGGAAAGAUCAGGGAGUUCCUCAAGGACGCUUCCAUUAGCGCUCGGUCCCCAUUAGCAGGAGUUAGCGUCAACAUUUUCCAAACGGAUUGUGCCAAAACUUCAACAGAAGGCCGCGAUGGGGAACUACACUUUGUGGUGUUACCUUCAAUUCGACAAAGGAGACUAGUUCCCAUACCAGCAGCUGUCUACAAGUCUGGAUUUUUAGCCGGAUACGAGCCCAGUUUAGAUGUCACAGCUGUCUCGAUAGGCACCAAGGAUCAGAUAACAAGCACUAUCUUCGUAAUACCCGGACAGCAAGGAAUGCCCGCCCCUGGAGAUGGUCUGGCGAGGCUUGAAAAAAGUCUGGUGGAGAGUUCCUUCAAGAAAGGCGCCUGGUCAAGACUUCUGAGGUCACUAAUUCCGAGAGAAGGUUUAGAAGUUCAAAUACCUCGAAUCGGACACCGAUCGAUAAUAAAUGCAACAUCCGCUCUCAAGAGAAUGGGAAUGCGAGAAUUAUUUAAUAAACAACGAGCUGAUCUGAGCGGCAUGAAUGGCAUUCCCAAUGAAUUGUUCCUGUCCGAUUUACUGCAAGUUAAUAGUUUUUCAACCUGCGGGGAUGUGGGAGCAGGAGAUAAGCAUCAUUUCGAAAUAUAUCCGGCAGAAUCUAAUAGGCAAAGAAGGUUUUUGUCUUACGAUGGCCAUGAGGACAUUUAUUCAAACGAUGAGACAUUAGACAGUAACCAAGGGGACUUCAUCGACCCAUUAUACACGCCUCGUUUCCUAGAUCUGCCCUUACCAGCAAGGCCAAGGCAAGCAAGAGUGCCAGAUACACCAAGACUGAAAUUCGACAGGCCGUUCCUUUACUUCGUGAGGCACAAUCCAACUGGACUCAUUUUACAUAUAGGGAGAUUCAAUCCAAGAUUACUGCCAUGAAGACAUAAAGCAACUAAUUUCAUCGACCACCUUACUGUAUUAAUUAAGAGUCUCUGAAUAAUGUUUAGUAAGACGUUUUGACUGUGAGGGUAUCUCAUGAACUCAGUUCCAAGGAUGUCUCCGUUACCAGUUCCCGUAUUUAUUCUUGUAAUUCAUCUCCUAGAAUAUUUAUUUCUGGACGUCGAGGUACUUUCAGUAUUUAUUCUAGAUAGUUUGGGAAAAAUAUAAUUCGUCCGCUACCAAGAUGAAAGUGAAAUUUAAAAUAAUUUCCACUUCCAAAUAAACAUUUUCUUGUGAAUGUGAUUCACCAAACUUGCUACAAUGGAAGGUUUACAAAUUUCUAUUUGCAAUGAUAGCGAAGGAAAUAUAUGAAAAUGAACAUUUUUUAAAUGAUUUGUCAUGUGAUAUUUUUGUUUUGUUCAAACCUUAUUCUACCUGUUUUGAACUGUCAUUCGAAGUUUUCAAAAAUCUUUCCAUAAUUGUGAUGCACUGUUUGGAACCUUUGGUGUAGUAAUGAAUAUUAAUGGAGU